UGUACUCCUCGGAUUAGGGCAUAUUAUCAAUCCACUCGUGUCGUCACUGAUGAAAUCAGAGGAAACAUCGUCCAAGACACGGUUGUCAGCAAUUAAAAACGCAAAUGGACAAUUCCGAGCGGCCUGUCACGAUGGAUUACCAUGGGAUUCUCUUAAAACUCACAACUGCAGAGUGUAUGAACCAGACAUUUACUUUACUCCCCGAAGAGUCCCAGAAGAAGAUCGAGGACUGCUGCAACGAAGCAAAAGACGAAUCUGUCAGUUGUAAAUAUUUAAAAACAAUCCUUCACGUUCUCGAAGGCCUCUACAAAGAUGUUCUGUCCAAAAGUGAAACAUUCAUGAGUGUUAACGAGUACAGAUGUGUAAAAACAGCGAUUGAACAUGUUAUUUCCACUGGAAUCUUCCCCUGUUUGAUCCCAGAUAUUUCUAGGGAACUCAAAACACUGUAUCCACCGGCCUUGAAUAUCCAGGAGAAGUUAAAUGAUUUUAUUAAAUACGAGAGAUUAUCGACAACAGUGAGAGCUGUUCUGGGGAUGUUCUCAGAGAUUUCGUUGAGACCAGCAAUUUUAACUCAAUUGGGGCCCAUCCUGGGAGGCCUUGUCCAGUUGGCCCAUGCCCCUCUCAUGAAGCCAAAGCCCCUGGAGAGUCAGAGUUCUGGGUUUCAGAUGUCCCCUGAGCUCUACGAAAAAUUGGUGCAAGAGCAGGCGGAGUUCAAGGGAAUCCUCGUGGAGACGAUAAAUAAUUGCCCUCAAUCUGCUGUUAUCAAGGAGUUGAUGGUUCUCCUGGGGCUCCAGAGAAUUCCACAGUGGGUCAAGAAGAACGUUAGACUGUACUUAAUUCAAUUGAUAAUGCAACCAACAGGGGUUUAUGCCUUGAUAACAGUCACCUGUCAGGAUGCUGUUGACGUUGGUAUCCACUGGGACAGGUUGGGGACAAUAUCCAAGCUCAUAGCCAUGAAUCAUGGAAAUAAUCCUGAGGAAUAUUAUUCCACUGUCUGCUCUCAGCUUCUGGAACUUUUGUCGUGCACUACUGUGAGGAACUCCCCAGAGAUAGCCAGAACCUGCAUAAAGGCGAUUCACGAGGUUCAUCCUGAGGUCUGCAGGGAGAAAAUAAUCAACAAAAUCUGUGAACCACUGCUGAUUACCCGGGGCUCAUCUGAUAUUCGAUUAGCUCCCAGGACAGAGACUGAAGUAUCUGAAUGCUUGGAAAACCUGAGGAAAUUAUUUGUCUCGACUGACGCGAAAUUCAAGUCUUUACCUGUGGAUUUAAUUUCCGCGACAGCUGUUCCUUUAUUCUGUAUGUAUAAAAGGACUUGGGAGAGCCCUUGUAUACUCAGACUCAAGUCGAAGGAAUUACUGUUGAAUCUCUUGAACUCUGGUUGUUUGAGGGAUAAAUUAUUUUCUGCUUUCCUUGGACACGAUAACUCCGGAUAUUUUGGAGUAAAAUUGAAGUUUCAAUUCGGCCCCUCCGGUGGUCUAGAAACCACGGGAGAAGUUGACGACAUUAAUCCAGAGGACUCAGCAGACUGCCUCCUUGAUUUAGUUAAAAAUUUUCAUGAUCUACCCUGGCAUUUAUUUAAUUAUGCUCAGGACUUUUUCUGCCAGAGUAAAAAACGAGGGACAAAUGUUCUGGAUCAAUUGGAGAGUCAGCUGGUGGUGAUGAAGCUGCUAUUAACUCUGGCCAACUGCAAAACUGUACAGGAGCGUCAGCUCAGGCAUCCAGAGCAUCUGAUCAAGUUCAUCACAGAAUUAUUCGAGGAAUCUGUAGUUUCUGGUGAUGAGGAAGAUCACGUGGAUAUUUUGUACGUUAGUCUAAUGCUGAUAAAAGAGAUGGUUACAGAAAGAAAGAAGCCGAAAGAGUGGAGCUGGACACCUUUUGAGGAUUUAUCUAGAUUUUUGAGGGAAAAGCUCAUCACCUGGGAAUGCCCCCAGAAUCUUAAAUCCCUCGUCGAAGAGGUUCAAAGAAUUAUCAAACAGAGAGGAGUUUCUCCUCGAUUUGAAGACCUCAGUGUUGAUGAUAAAAAGGAAACUGCGUUUGACGAGGCUUUGAAGGACCUGGCAGAUCCAUUACUGCCAGUCAGAGCCCAUGGACUUAUCACUCUCACUAAAUUAAUCGAGACAUCUAGCUCUACAGUAACUGGAAAAUCAGAUCUCCUGGUUUAUUUGUUCCAGCAAAAUCUCAAGGACGAGGAUUCCUUCAUAUACUUGGCAGCAAUCAAUGGUCUCUGUGCACUGGCACUGAAAUUUCCCCAGAAGGUAAUUGAAAUUUUAAUCCACGAGUUCACAGAUAUGACAAGAGACACAGAUUCUGCUGCAGUGGCACCUGAAAACCGAGCAAAACUUGGGGAAAUUCUCGUGAAGACCACUCGACUCCUGGGGGAGAUGGCUCCAGCCUACAAAAAUGUUCUUAUAAAUGGUUUUCUCACAGCAAUACGUGACUCAGACCCAAUGGUUCGUGCUUCAAGUCUCUCGUGUCUCGGCGAACUCUGCACAGUUCUCGGAUUCGCUCUGGGUAAUGCUGUAAUUGAAGUUCUCUAUUGCAUCGGGUGUAUCAUUGAAACAGACAAAUUCCCUGAAUGUCGACGGGCUGCUGUUCUAGUGGUGACUUUACUCAUUCGCGGUCUUGGUAAAGAUGUAUUGAUAAAUGUGGGGAGUCAGCUUUUGCCUGUUUAUCGUGCCCUCAAGCACCUCAGGGAUAAUGACAGUGAUUCUGUUUUAAGGCUUCAUGCACAAUUAGCCCUGGAGGAGCUCAAUGACAUCGUAAAGGGCGUUCUAUUCGAAGAACCUCGUCUCGAGAGGAAUAUUCUACUGCUGAGAUGAGAGAAUUGUCUGUUGCGUCUCGUAAAAAUGAAGUAUUUUCGUAUUCGUCGAGUAUAAAAAAAAUCGAAUUUUUUGUUAAUAAAACUCAGUGAUAUUUUCUUAA